AUGGGCUGGUUUUGGGCAGACGCAACACAGAAACCGGUUUCCCGGCCUGCUACGGGAGCAGCAAAGUGUCCCGUGGACCACACGAAACUCGCCGCAUGUCCGGUGGUGCACAACGACGGAGCAGAGACCCUGGACAUCAACCCGCUUAACAACAUGCCGUACGUGCUCCCUACCGACAAGGUUCCCGGCCAGAAGAUCGACCUGCCGACCGAGAGAACGCUGUCGUCGAUUCCGCGGGGAGACGUGCCGGACCAGGGCGUGUGGGAGUACCCAUCGCCACAGCAGAUGUUCAACGCCAUGAUCCGCAAGGGCAAGGGAGACGUGCCGGAGGACGCUGUGGAGAGCAUGGUGAACAUCCACAAUUUCCUGAACGAAGGUGCGUGGAGCGAGAUUCUUAAGUGGGAGAAACCCCACACAGAGCAGACGAGGCAGGAGCCGCGGCUGCUGAAGUUCACUGGCCGGCCGCACGAUUUGAGCCCUCGUGCGCGGUUCUACCAGAUCAUGGGCAGGCUGUUCCCGGAAAAAUACGCCACGGAGCCACCGUUUGACAGACACGACUGGACGGUGCUGCGUGGGGACGGCCAGGGCGGCUGGCAGAAAGUGCGGUAUGUGAUCGACUACUAUGGGGGUCCUGAGGACGAGGACGGCAUGCCCACGUUUUUCCUUGAUGUGAGACCGGCCCUUGACUCGCUAUCCAGCGCCCGCGACAGAUUCGAGUUCUGGCUGGAGCAGACCAAGCCUACGUGGGACAAGGCCAUGGGCAGAGACUAA